CGCAGUCGAACAGCGCCUGUGUUGAGAGUGGUACAUCUACAAAUCUUAGUCCACAAUACCGUCUCAUAUAAACUCAGUGUGGGAUUGCCUUUAUGCACAAAAAACAAUAAUGUGAGAACCCGAUGCAGACGUCGUAUCAUGGACGUUUAAUAGUAUCAACUGCUACUUUUUAUUUGUGUCAUACAUUUUUUAACAGACCGUGAAAUCAUCGAUUUACACUAAACCCACGGAUACCUGGAUUGGGAUGCAGCAAUGUCCCGAGGAAUAUGCCCACGCGUACAUUUCUGGUGGAUGUUUUCAGUUCUGUUUCUGGUGAAAGUAGUGGAUGUUGGGGCAUACAGCUGUCAUGAGGUGAAGACCGCUUUCCAGGUGCGACAGAUCGGCCCACUGAAGUGGGUACCGGAGACUCCUGGGACAGAUGUGGAGCUGUUGGUGUGUAAGCACCAGGGCCCGUCCUGCUGCACCCGCAAGAUGGAGGAGAGCUACCAGGUGGCGGUGAGACGAGAGACCCUCCAGAAUGUCCGCUCCUACAGCUUCGAGCUGAAGUACCUCAUCUCCGGCCACGCUACCGCCUUCCAGGACACCUUCCAGUACCUGCUCUCCUUCUCCCAGGGCCACCUCUCAUCCCUGCUAGAGGACACCUACUCGCCCCUCUCCCGCGAGGCCCUCCCUCAUGUCAACGCCCUGUUCUCUUCCCUCUCCCUUUACAUCCGCGGACACAACCUCUCCCUCGAGGCCGCAAUCACACGUUUCUACGACAACCUCUUCCCACUCGUCUAUGUACGCUUGGUCAACCCCGGCAUGGGCGCGGCGGGCAAGAGGGGCGAGUGUCUCCGCGCGACCCGGCAAGACGUCAACCCGUUUGGCCCUCAUCCCGAUACGCUUGCCCAAGAACUCAGGCGCGCCCUGGGCGCCGGGCGAGCCCUAUCCCUCGCCCUCGCCGAAGGCGCCAAGGUCAUGAACGCCACAGAACACGUUUCCCUCACCAAAGAGUGUUUACGGGGCUUGACCAAGAUGCAGUACUGCUCGCACUGUCGCGGGCUGACGCUUAUCAAGCCGUGCAUGGGCUACUGCUUGAACGUGAUGCGCGGUUGCUUGGCGAGCGUGGCCGAACUGGAUGGGCCGUGGCGGAGGUAUGUGGCGGCACUGGAGGAGCUGACCCAUGCUGUGGCUGGACAACACAGCCUGGAGCUUGCCCUGCUGGGGGUCAGGGGGCACGUGAACGAGGCUAUACUCCAUGCACAGCGCCACGGGCCAACACUGACCGCUACGGUAGAUAAAGUGUGUGGUCUGUCUGGUAAGGAGCCCACCACCAGCAUCCACCCUGACCCCACCCCAGAGUUCACAACCCCUACAGUGACAUCAUCAACCGCCCCUCCCUCUAUCAUCCCCUCCAUUCCCCCACAGGAACAGCUGAUGGGAAACCUUGCCCACCUGAGGAGUUCAUUCACCCUGAAACACUCCAGGAAUGAUAAACCUAGAAGUCUGAAAAAGAUCUCUAGGGAGUUUCUGAGCUACGUCCAGCGCUACAAGUUGUUCUUCGCGGUGCUGCCAGAGAUGCUGUGUGAAGGAGAGACGGUGGUGGAGGACUUCACCUGCUGGAGCGGAGACGACGUGGUGGAGAGUUAUACAGGCAGAGUGGUGGGGAACGGUCUCCAGGCCCAGAAGCAGAACCCAGAGGUCAAAGUUCGCAGCCCUAACCCCGAACUGGCUGAGGUCAAGGAGAGGCUGGAGCGCUUCAACCAGGUGAUCCAGGACAUGCUGCCGGGGCUGGGCCAGAGAGAGUCCUGGGGGGAGCUGGGUAGCAGCGACACAGAGGACGGUAGUGGAGACUGCGACGAUGAGGACGGGUGUCAAGGAUCUGGAACUGGGGCAGUCAAGACCUUCACUGAUGGUCGACCAGGGGGGUCCAACAAUGAUAAGGCUGUAGGCAGUAACCCAGGAGGUCGUGCUCCCCCGGUGGUGAGGGUGAGAGGUGCAGGGUGCCCCCCUGCCUGCCUGUCUCUACCCAUGGCCCUCACCUUGAUCCUGGCCACGCUGGCUCUACAAUGGCGCCUGCUCUGAAAACACAGCAUAAUGCCACUACUGGCCUGGCCCCUCUACACACACAGUACAGACUAGUCUGUGGGGGGGGGGGGGGCAGUGUGGAUAAGGACAUUUGUAGGGGCGGAAAGGGAUUGUGUUGCCCCAUAGAGACGUGUGUGUGAACGAGCUCCUCACACACACUCAUACACAGGCAGAUUGUUCUGGUCCUCUGACUGCUGCUUCCUGUGUGUAUGCUGUGGACUGGAGUGUGUGUGUCCAGGCACUAGCCUCCCUCCACAGCUAUAUUGCUCUCUGCUUUAACAAUGCACUCAUAUCUCUAUCAGAGGAUGGACUACCACGCAGGACUUCUGGGCCUCAAUGUACAACACACACUCAUGCACAUGCUUGCACACACAAACACUAACACAGGCAAGCAUGCACACACACCCACACACACACACACACACACACACAAAAGACACGCUGGCACCCUUUAACACACACACACACACACACACACACACACACAACUGUAACCUUUCUGCUGCUGGUUUCUAUGUGGUCAGCUACAGAACUUGCCUCUGUAGACACUUUGCCUCUCUAGCCAAUCCUGUCCUGGGUUUUAAAGUCAUUGGGCAGAGUUCACUUAAUUUUAAAACUCUCAACUGUUUAUUUUAAUACAUUUAAGGAAUGCGUGCUAGAUUAAUAAAACAACCACCUUUUACCAGGCCAGCAUAGCUGAUUGGAUACGCUCUAAUGAUCAUAUAAGUGCCUUCAGAAAGUAUUCACACCUCUUUACUUUCACACGUUUUGUUGUGUUACAGCCUGAAUUUAAAGUUGAUUAAAUUGAGAUGUUGUGUCACUGGCCUUCACACAAUACCCUAUAAUGUCAAAGUGGAAUGAUGUUUUUAGACAUUUUUACAAAUUAAUAAAAAAUUAAAAGCUGAAAUGUCUUGAGUCAAUAAGUAUUCAAACCCUUUUGUUAUGGCAAGUCUAAAUAAGUUCAGGAGUAAACAUUUGCUUAACAAGUCACAUAAUAAGUUGCAUGGACAAUAAUAGGGUUUAUCAUGAUUUCUGAAUGACUACCACAUCUCUGUACUCCACACAUACAAUUAAAAAUUAUGUCCCUCAGUCGAGCAGCGAAUUUCAAACACAGAUUCAAACACAAAGACCAGGGAGGUUUCCAAUGCCUCGCAACGAAGGGCACCUAUUGGUAGAUGCCAAAAAAAGCAGAAAUUGAAUAUUCCUUUUGAGAAAACAUUAGGAUGGAUCAACAACAUUGUAGUUACUCCACAAUACUAAUCUAAAUAACAGAGUGAAAAGAAGGAAGCCUUUACAGAAUAUAAAUAUUCCAAAACAUACAUCCUGUUUUCAAUAAGGCACUGAAGUAAAACUUUAGUCCUGAAUACACAGUGUUGGGUUUAGGGCAAAUCCGACACCACACACCACUGAGUACCACUCUUCAUAUUUUCAAUCAUGGUGGUGGCUGCAUCAUGUUAUUGGUGUGCUUGUCAUCGGCAAGGAUAAGUAAUUUAAAACAAAUUUAAGAAACGGAAUAGAGGUAAGCACAGGCAUAAUCCUAGAGGAAAAACUGGUUCACUCUGAUUUCCAACAGACACUCUGAGAGACUUACCCAGAAAGACACACAGCUGUGAACGUUGCCAAAGUUGAUUCUAACAUGUAUUGACUCGGGUGUGAAUACUUAUGUAAAUUAUAUUUUUCUGUAUUUCAUUUUCAAUGUAUGUGCAAAAAUAUCUAAACCAUUUUCACUUUGUCAUUAUGGGGCAUUGUGGGUAGAUGGGUGAGAAAUAAGUAUGAUUUAGUCCAUUUUGAAUUCAGGUUGUAACAACAAAAUGUGGAAUAAUUCAAGGGGUAUGAAUACUUUCUGAAGGCACUGCAUGUCUAUGCAACCCUAGAAUGUGUGGAUUUCAUAGGUAGAGAAGGACACAGAAACACACACGUUCAUCAAACGAGGUGUGUGUGGUAUGUCCUGUAUAUAGAUUUGAUUGAGUAUAUUUAGAUAUCGAUAUAUUAAACUCUCCCAACAGAAGCCCUUAAUCGAUAGAGUUGAAUGGAUGAACUGUGCUUGUCACCCUAUUGUAUGAAAAGCAAUGCAAUAAUAUCAGAGAUGUAUUUUGUAUAACGACUAUAGCAGGAAUGUACAAGCAUCUUUUUUAUAUUGCUUGCUAUAUGAAGUGUUAACAACUUUUUUUUCACCAGAAAUCAUUGGUCAAAGCCUGUUUGUACGUUGUUGAUUUACUAUUGUUUAUCAUUUUGUCCAGGUUUGUGUGUGAUUUGCUCUUUGAAUUGCGCAUUUGCAUGCUUAUCGUUGUUUUGUUACGUUAGUAACUUGUAAUAUUAUACUGUAUUACAUUGUGAUAUUAUGUUACUUCUUAAUGCUUUUAACAACCUGGUACUUAAUGCCAUAGUAUCCUGAAUCUCUCUCGCUCUGCCUAUCGCUCUCUUUUCUAUAACCCAAUCAAUCACUUUAUUUCUGUUUUGACAAUGUGAUCAAAGGAUGUUCUAGAUUAGAAUUCUGGGCCAUAACAUGAGCAACCAACAGCACAGCUAGCUAUCAGAAUAAAAAAAGCAACAACGAUGUAA